ACAGCCGUGCGCGCGAGCGGACGCCCCAUGCUGAAGCUGCAGGCCGCCGCCGUCGGCAGACGGAAGCAACAGAAUGUGGAGCUGAUACAGUUCCUGGUCCUCAUUUCCUUGCUGUGUGUCAUUAUGAUGUUCCUUCUGCUGGUGCCAUGUGCCAUCAAGAGCCACCCGCCCCAGGAGAACAGCGACUACAUACUUACACAGACACAAAUGGAAGACAUGGAGCUUGAAAUGAAGAGGCGGCAGCAGACCGUGAUGCGCCAGUGUCACAACACAGGUGACGAUGGAACCAAAAGCAAACUGCAUGCAUCAAGACUGCUCAAAGUGGUGACAAAGCUCUUUGUUGAAAAGAAACGCAAACUAGUGUGGUGUCCUGUAUACAAAGCCGGAUCCACAACAUGGAUGGAGAUAUUUGCCAUAAUAGGAGGAGUGAUGACGCCCGAGAAUCGCAUCAGGCUAAGCAAAGGACUCAUACAAAUGAACCAACUAGCUAGAAUGGUUUAUCCAAAGACAAAAGACGCAAAUACCACAGUCAAGUUCCUAGCCAAAAGCACCAGAUUCAUCAUUGUGCGACAUCCAUUUGAACGCAUCCUAUCAGCUUAUAGAGACAAACUGGAGCAUCGGAAAGGCCGUGAGUUUUAUUACAGACGUUAUGGUCGCCACAUAGUCAGAUCACAGCGUGAAGAUAAUGACACAUUUGUAGACAGAGCUGAACCAACAUUUGUGGAAUUUCUUCAUUACUUGGUGAAAACAAAGACAUUUGAUGAGCACUGGCGUCCAUUCACAGCUGAAUGUGCUCCCUGUGAACUGAACUACCAGAUUAUUCUCAAGAUGGAGACCCUGGAGGAAGAACAGUUGUUCCUAGCAACCAAACUCAACUUGCUUGAUGCCCUUCUUACUGUCAAUUCUACAGGCCUGCUGUUGCACAACACAAAUCCUAAUGGCCGCACUGAACACAACUAUGCCCAACAGUAUUACAGAGACGUACCAAAUCAACUACUCCAAGAUGUGUACAUGCUGUAUGAGAAAGAUUUCAGACUAUUUGAUUACUCACCAGAGGAAUAUUUUAAUUUUGCUAAGAUGACUUGAUGCAAGAGGCAACUGAAUAUUUUGCUUGAUGAAAACAAAAGUGAUGAUACAUAUGUUUGUAAUGUAUGAUUCAUGAGUUGCAUGUAUGUAUGUAUCUAUCUCUAGUGCCUUCAGCUAUGGUGUGUGUUGUCCUGUCUUGCCUCUGCCCAACUAGGCAACUGCACAGAAUCCAUUUCUGAUGUGGGGACACCCACAGAGAUUGUUACCUGACUCAUGAGAAUGACUGUCACCAGAGGAAACCUAGUUUUUAUCACAACAGUGGACUGAAAAAAUUUCUGUAAGGAAGCAUUUCCAAGUAUAACUGGGGAGUCAACAGAAAAUUAGCGUCCAUGUUAUGGACUUUCAUGAGACAGACAUACUUUUACAAACCCAUCCCUUCUGUAACAUGGAGGUGUGUCAUACAUAGUGCCGUUACUUUAUUAAUACAUACAUUUAUCAUACUGCACAAAUUAGCACAGCUUUAUUUCAGCUUUUGUGUGAUGUAUUUCAACUAUUAAGCAGCUACCUUAUGGCAUUUAUUAGGGCAAAUACAAACAGCAUAUCUUGAGAUAAGCCAAAUCUCUUUUCUCCGAUCCUCUUUCGUCCAUCUUACGUAACUAUUCUCUUGUUUCUUUUCCCCGACUGUGUACUAUCUUGGUGAGUCAGGAUAGCUCAGUCAGCAAAGUGUCUGGCUAUAAGCUGGACAGAUGGGAUUUGAUUCCCAGCAGGGCAGAGAUUUCUCUCUUCAGACUGGUUCUGGGACCCAUUGAGCCUUCUGUCCAAAUGGUAUUGGAGACUCAUCCCUGCAAAUAAGUCAGCUGGAGUGUGAAGCUGAUAUCUCACCUCCACUGCCUCAUAUGGAUGGCUUGUGACACUUUUAUCUUUACCAGCAAAGUCCUGCAGUUAGAAAUUAGACCAUAAUUAAAAUGACCUAAGGUUAAAUAACUAAAUCUCAGUAUGUACUGGCCCAAGUAUAAGCCAUCUUAAAAUACAAGCUGUGCCCCUUAAAUUAUGUGGUCUUGAAACAGAAAAAGAAAGACACUUAAUACACAUACAUCACUGCAUUCCACAUUAAGAACAGCUCAGAGGAAGCAAAUCUGAUGUAACAUCAUGUACUUACUUUACUUUAAGAUGCAUUAAUUUAACUCCUGGGGUUACAAGAGGCACUAACAAAACAAACAAGUUGGGCCUGAUAUAUUUCCAUUUGAAUUCCACUAGCCAGUAACAUGGCUUCAAAUUAAGGGCAUAUCGAUGUAUCAUUUAAUUUAAGCUAGUGUUAUAUCUUGGAUAUAAAAAUGAACUGUGUAAUCAUACCAGACCUAGACAAUCCAGCAAUGUUUCAUUCUGAUUUUAAAAGCAUCAGUUUUGUGUGAAAUGGGCAAAUAUGGCAGUUACAUGCAGACUGUAUGAGUUCUUGAAAAACUAACAGGCAAGGCAGUAAGAUA